UGUCUCCUCUCAGCAAAGGCACACACUGACGUGAGACGUGCAAGAUAACGGUUUUUAAUGGUAUUGAAAGUUAAGUAUUUUUCGUCCUGAGACUGUCUCGUUGCUACACUCUGUACAUUAAAACAUUCCGCUUGUAAAACGCUUAAUUUAUUAGCCAAAAGCCUUUUUCGUUUCUUGUGAAGAGUGUCCGCUUCCCCUCCCCUCGAUGAAGCGCUGCGAUGCCCUCUGAUUUUGUAUCCCUCCUUAGCUCGGAUCUCGACCUCAAUUCCCCCAAAUCUCUAUAUUCAAAAGAGUCGGUAUAUGACCUCCUCCCUAAAGAGCUACAGCUCCAACCGCCGUCCACCCAGACAGACCCGCCCACCAUGAGCCAGACAAGUGGGGGAGAGGCGGGACCUCCCCCCUCUGCGGCUUUGGCUUCAGAUGCCACCUCCUCCACCUCCAGUCCCUCUGCCUCCUCCUCCCUCGCCAUGGGAGUCCCAUCCACUGGCUCCUCUACCUCAUCCUCAGACCAUCUCAAGGUUUCCCAGCAUCUCCACUCCAUUGGAGUGGAUGGAGCUGGAGCUUCAGAGAUGCAAGGUAUGGAGGGUGCAGCAUCUGCCCCCAACAGAGGCAACAGUGGAGCAAAUACUGCUGCUGCAGGAGACAUAGGUUCAGCAGUUUUGUCAGGGCUAGGAGUCCAGCAGCCUCAGAACACCCCAUCAAAACGGAGGCCUGUAUUGAGCAUAUCCCCACCACCUGAAGACCUUUUCGAUGACAGCCAGAUGUCUUGCCAAGAGGAGCCUGCUGUAUCUGGUCCAACGGGUCCAGACUCGGAGCACAGCAGCAGUAUAUGGGCCGAUGAUUCCCUCUCCAACUUCAGCUUGAUCAGCUCCAUCUCUUACAAUGACAACACAGAGGUGCCACGCAAGUCUAGAAAGCGCACCCCUCGCCAGCGGCCUGGCCCUAAACCGGCUAAUCCAGAGGACAGCAUGGAUGUGUUUGAUGCUGACAGUGCCAAGGCCCCUCAUUUUGUCCUGUCACAGCUGGGUACAGACAAGUCUGGUUCCAGCUCUCAUGAGUCGGGAACUGCAGUAAAGAAUGGAUCGCUCUCUACUCAGUACCCCCAAAGAAGUGAUGGGAAGGAGCUAAAGAUCCUGGUACAACCAGAGACCCAACACAGGGCACGCUAUCUCACAGAGGGCAGCAGAGGAUCCGUCAAAGACCGCACACAACAAGGAUUCCCCACUGUCAAGCUGGAAGGUGUCAGCGAACCAGUAGUGCUGCAGGUGUUUGUUGCGAAUGAUGCAGGCAGAGUGAAGCCUCACGGUUUCUACCAGGCAUGCAGAGUGACAGGACGCAACACCACUGCCUGCAAAGAGGUAGACAUAGAAGGCACCACUGUUAUUGAGAUCCCCCUGGAGCCCAGCAACGACAUGACGCUUGCGGUUGACUGCGUGGGAAUUUUGAAGCUUCGUAAUGCAGAUGUGGAGGCCCGUAUUGGUGUUGCAGGGUCCAAGAAGAAAAGCACUCGUGCCAGGCUGGCCUUCAGAGUCAGUAUCCCCCAACCUGAUGGAUCAGCCCUUAUUCUACAAAUCCCCUCAUCACCUAUUCUCUGCACUCAGCCAGCAGGUGUGCCAGAGAUCCUGAAGAAGAGUCUUCACAGCUGUACAGUGAGUGGAGGAGAAGAAGUUUUCAUUAUUGGAAAGAAUUUCCUCAAAGGAACCAAAGUCAUUUUUCAAGAGAACAUUGCAGACGAUAAUUCCUGGCAAGCUGAGGCAAAGAUUGAUAUGGACCUGUUCCAUCAGAACCAUUUAAUAGUGACAGUUCCCGCGUUCCACAACCAGUCGAUCACUUCUCCAGUUUCUGUGGGAAUCUUUGUGAUGACCAAUGCUGGCAGAUCGCAUGAUGCCCAGCCCUUCACAUACACUCCAGACUCAGUCACAACUGCUAGCUCAGCUGACAGCCUAAAUGUGCGAACAGUAAAAUUAGAGGAGCCCUCCCUGGUUCAGACGUGUGUGUUUGAUGGUCAGAUCAAAUCCUCUGAGCAAGCUGACUGCUCUGGUCAGCCCUCAAAACGACAGGAGGACACACCAAUGGAAGUAUCUAGCAAUCCACCUCCAAAUGAUGUCUUCAAGCCAUCUGCUGACCCUCUUGCAUCAGUGCAGCAGACCCUGGAGCUCAGCUCUAGCCCUCAUCCAGUUGGAGAGACCUAUCAAAGCCCAAUGCCCCUACAACCUGAGGAUGUAGUGCUACCACAUGCACCCCCUGUUUUCCCAAGCCUAGAGUCUCUCAGCACCAUACAAAAACAAGAAAUUGCCCCGACAACAUCCUUUCCAGUUGCAGGUGAUACAACAAUCCCACCUGUGACUCCAGAAGUCCCCCAGCAAUUCCUCAGAGACCCCCAGGACAGCCUGCCUCCUGAGAGUUCCAACAACAGUGGAGGGGUUGUAGUUGUGGCCAUGCCCCAGAUUGCAGCUUCCUCUCAGCCUCAGACCCAACAGUCACAGGUUUCACUCUUCCCCCAAGAGGGGGUGGCCGAGCUAGAGAGGGCAGUGAGGGAGCUACAGGCUGGAGGUAACACCACACUCCAGCAGGUGUUGGAGGCGGCUGUGGUUCAGCAGCAGCUAAACUCUGUGCUUUUCAGCCCCACCAUCUCUGCAGACUCUCUUCAGCAGCACGUCCAGGAAAACAUGAACAGCCUUAGAUUGGGAACGACUGAUAGCCCGCUAUCUACUCAGCAACAACUGCAGAUACAACAGCAACAACAGAUGCAACAACAGCAGCAACAACAACAAAUACAACAACAGUUUCAACAGCACCAACAAAUGCAGCAACAGCAGCAAAUUCUUGGUAACCUCCAACAGCAGCAACACUUGCAGCAGCAGCAACAGCAAGUUCUUGGCAACAUGCAACUCCAACAGCAAAUGAUAUUACAGCCCCAAGACCAACAGCAACUGCAGCAGCAACAAAUCAUGGAGAAUAUUCAACAGCAACAACAGCUGCAACAAAAUCAGCAAGUCCUUAACAACAUCCAGCUUCAGGAUCAGCAACAACAAAAUCAGAUGCUUCAGCAUCAGUUGCAACAGCAACAACAGCAGCAGCAAAAUCAAGCUUUGAGCAACUUACAACAGCAACAACAACUGCAAGAGCAACAGGUAUUGGAAAAUUUGCAGCAACAACUUGAAGCAGAGUUACUCCAGCCACAGAUCCACUCCUCAACCCAGGUCCAGCAGCCAGUUUCCCUCCUUCAGCAGGCUGGAGAUCUGCUCACCAUUCAGACUAGCUUCCCCACACAGCCACCAUCCCACACUUCUCCCCCACAACAGCUCUUCCAAUCACCCAGGCCGCUGGCUGAGACCCAGGGCUCCCAGCAGCAGGUCCAGGCAGCCCUGCUCCAAAAUACACUGACUGUUCUGACAAGUGGCAGCCUCACCUCAGAGCAGCAGCCCACAGGCUCAACCCUGUACCUGUCUCCAAACCCUCAGCCCCAACAACAACAACAACAGCAGCAGCAGCUGGCAUUCAUCUCUUCCAUGGAGACAUCCAGCCAGCCCCAGUCAGUUUCAAUGUUUCAAAACCAACAACAAACCCAGCUUUCCCAAAUGCAGCAACAGAGCACCCCCAUGGAGCAGCAACAGUCUCCUCAGCAGGGCCAACAGCAGCCGUCACAGCUCCCUAUGAGCCAGCAAGGCUCUUUGUUCCAAAGUUUGCCAAACCACUCACAGACGAACCCUGUACCGCAGAGCCAGUUAUCGCAACCUCAGCAAACAGGUCUUCUCCUCUGCACCACCGAUCUAAACCCCCAGGCGAUUCCACCGACUAUUCUCUUCAGCACUCAGACCGGUGGCCCUCCCCCGAUGGGCAGCAUUAAUGUUGGGAUCCCACAGCCGGAACCAGCAGAGCCUAUGUCCUUCCAAGACCAGAGCUCCUCAAGCAGCAACCCAACAUCCACUGAGAACCAACAGCAGAGCCUGUUCCAGGAACAGCAGCCAAUGCAAGUGGGCUUGAGUUCAAGCAGCAUCCCAAGCAAUCAGCAAGUGGACCUGUUCUUGCCACAGACAUCUCUGUCCAGCCUGCAGAGCACUAUUGGUGCGCAGGAGCUGAACAAUCAAGCUCCGGCCCCUGGCACUACGAUCUUUGUGGUACAGGGCGGUGUGGGAGUAGUGGCUAACCCUGGCCAGCAGCCACCAGAGCAGCUUUUCCAGACAACUGUGAGUGGGAAUGUGGCUCCACAAGGACAGGCCAACCUGUUUGUGUUUGGCAUCCGAAAUGACUCGCCCCAGCUGCUCAACUCUUCUGGACCCACCCUGCCAGCUCAGGGUCAGCCCCAGAACUCCACUCACAUGCAGCCUCUGCUGGAGCAGCCCAUGGCGCAAACUGCCCCCACGAUGCCCGUCACCAUGCACGGCAGCUUACAGAACACCCUUCAGGCACAAAUGCAGUCCAGCUUAGAGAACGCCAUGCAGACGAAUCAACAAAAUGCAAAGUAGACAAAUGCACCAAAAGCUCUGCAGUCAAGCAUAGAAACAAUCUGUCAUCUGAAAUGCAGGCCUGCUGAUGCAGAUACAGAGCUGAUUACAGAAUCAUCUGUAGACAUUAAUAUCUGCAUCAUCCAAUGUGGAUAAAAUUGAGGACCUGCUGGAAAGCCUGCAGAAGCAGUGAUACAUUUUAGACAUUGCUGGCACUGUGGCAACUGAUAUGUAGCUGAAAGUUAAUACAUCCUUACAUCAACAGACAGAACCGUGGUGUUUUGUGCCAAUAUCACAACAAUUUUAAAAAAUAUAUUAAGAGAAUUAGAAGCCCCUUUUAUAUUGAACCCAAAUUAUAAGCUCUUGUUUUUAUGGAAUAUUUAUGAUCAUAGAAAUCAUACAUCCAUUGUCCUUGAAUUUGUUAUAAGGCCUCUUGCAGGAUCAGAGAGGCCUGUUAUAACGGCGUUAUUCAUUAGUCUCAGUAAUGCAGUGUUUUGUUUGUGUUUUAAUCAGUUGAGCCUAAGAGAUGAAGAGAGAAACUCCACCAGAUUUGGUGGAUGUAUUGGAAAGGGAUGAAAAUUGUCAGCGAUGGGGGAAUAGUGCAAAAGUAAUGUGAUAGAGAAAAGUCUGUAAGAGCAGGUGGAGAAAAUAAAACUGCCAUGGAGUCAAUCACAGAUUGCACAGAAAUGUCAGCUGUAGGCUGAAUCUUAAUUGAUGGAUGUGUAAACUUUUGCAUGUCUUUCUUUGAUGGAGAAUGGAAAAGGGGGGAUUUCCCUGGCAUAAAAACAGGUGUGAAAUAAUGUCACAACAACUCAGUUUAAAUUAUUUGGCGAUUGAUUAUGUAAAAUAUUUAGCAAAGACAUCAAACCUAGUGAUUGUAUGUUAAAAUGUGAUUAAAUUAUACUCUGAGAGUAAGGACUGUUCAAUGAAGUACAUUUGUAGAAUGUAUGGUGGCCUUCAUGUUUGCUGGGAGGCACACCUGAGCUGACUCUAGAAGAACAGGGGAAAUUAAACAUUGAUAAAAACACAAAACAUGAAAAAAACUUGCUUACCAAACUGGUAUGAAUUUGGUAAUGAAAUGCAGAAUCCCCAGCAGUGGAGGGACUAUGUAACACUCGCAAAUGAGAUUGAACCUGGUGAAUAAUGUGACUUGGCCUUUCAUUUUGGCACCUCCUAGAGUUUUCGUACAGUCAGGCCUCUUCAUCAGG